CUUUCACGACACACUAUGCAAGGAAGCGUCGAAACAAAAAAACCUUUUCAUUAUUUACUACAUUCCUUGUAUAACCCUGCCGCUGCGCUUCCUGUCUUUCAUCUUCUCCAACUUUCCUAUCAACCCCCAAGUAACCUGCAGAAAUGUCGGACAGUGAGUUCACAUCUCCUCCAGUGACUACACCAUCACGCCGUGUUUCAAAUCGCUUAGCGUUGAUGCAUAAUGCUAAUCCUAAAUAUAAGCGCUUGGCAGAGAAGUCAUUGGUUUAUAAGGAAAUUUCAAACAGGAAAGUCAAUACUUUCUCAAGGCUUUAUGACUCAAUACAGCUUAUUAAGUCCAAACUUCUUCCUGCUCAACUUCAAUUGUUUAGUGAGACAGUCUUUGGGAAAUUCUUACAUGCUAAGGAGAUCACUUGUUGUGGGCAAUUAUUACAUUUGUUGCUGGGUAACUUGGUUGAAUUAGAUGAUUGUGAGAAAGAUGGUUCUUCCGGUUUUCAUUUCGAAAUAGAGAAUAGGCUUAUAUCAUUUUCAGUUUCUGAAUUCACUGAAAUUUUAGGCCUCCGUUUCGAUGACCAUUUUGAAUCUAAUCCACCUGCUAUAACUGAGAGGGGAGUGAUCUGGACAAACUACUUUCCUACUCGCAAGACAAGGGUUUUUCGGUCAGAUAUUAAGAAUUUGUUUAAGACCCUUGAAAAAGGUCAAUUGCCAAAUGAUGACAUAGUUAAGUUGUCUUUGCUCUUUGUUUUGUCACAUGCCUUUUUAGCCGCAGAUGGUCAAGUGUCUCUAAAUAAGCAUUACAUUAACCUAGUAGAUAAUCUGGAGAACUUUAAUUCUUACCCAUGGGGGAGUGUCAUAUGGGCAGAUAUGAUUAAUUACUUUAAGGCUGGGGUAGAUAGCAUGAUAUCCAACAAACAUUACAAUGUGUAUAGUUGUGUUAUGGCGUUACAAGUUUGGGCUUAUGAAGUCUUCCCUGCACUUAAAGAGACACAUAUUACUGAACUGGUGGACACAAAUGCAUACCCAUUGAUUCUACGAUGGUCUUCUACUUCUAGGCCCAGUAGUGCAUGCCUGAAGCGUAUUAUUUUCUCUAACCCGCAU